AUGAUUGACAAUAAAUAUGACACAAUAGAUAGAAUAUCUAAUUCCAACAACUAUAAAGUAAAACAAAUUUAAUAUGCUGAAGGUGAUUAUGAUUGUCUAAAUUUACCAGCUACACCACAUUUAAUAAAAGGAUAAAUUCUAAAUACCCCUAAAACCCAUAUAAGUCAGAAAAAUGUUUAGCAACUUGAAAUGAGCCGCUCAAUAAAAAGUGAAAACAAUAUUGCAAUUAAAAAUUUGGAAGAAAAUACAACUUAAAAUAUCAUCAAUACAAAAAUAAUAUUGAAUGAAACAGUUGAAGAGUUUCUAGUAAAUCAAAGAAGAAAUACAAAUAAUAUUUCACCUCAAAAUACAGAGAAAUCAAACGAGUAAAAAUUAGGAAAUGGCUCACAAAUAAAUCAGAAAUUAAAAUUCUAAAGGUAGAGCAUUUACUAACAAUAACCGGAGAACGAUGAUUAUGAAAAAUAAUAAUUUUAAAAGUAAGGCUCAGACCUAGAGGAAAAUAGGAAAUUGGAAUUAAAUUUUUCAGAAUAGAAUUAAGUUUAAGAUAAUCAACAGAAGUAGCUCCAAACAAUGAGUAAAUAUGAUGGAGAGCUUUCUACUAAAAGAAGCUAAUAUUACUCUAGUAGUUAAGUUCUAGAAGAUUAUUUCAAGUAAGAUGGUGACAAAAAACUAAAAGACUAAAAAGAUCGCAUCAUGCGUGAUAUAACAAAAUUUAAAAGCUACUUUGUUAAAUUUAGAUUUGGCUUAUUUUUUGAAUUCUAUUUCUAUCAUGCACUCUUCGUAAUAUUUUUAGGACCUUUAUCAAAUCCUAUUCUCUAUAAAUUCGGCAAAGGUCUACCAAGAAAUUUAAUGUUUUGGGGUAUGAAUAGAGGAUUCUAUUAUUAGUUUCUCUAUUAUUUAAUGAGUGCUACAGCUUUAAUUCUAUAUUUUUAUUAUCGUCCUCAUUAUGUAUUUUUUUAAUCUGAAAUAAUUUACUUGAUAAUUGGCAUGCUUUAUAGAAUUUUUACCAUCGUUGUUAAGUAUGCAACAUUUGAUCCAUCUUAUAUUGAAGCUAUAAAAGAACACACUUUUGAUGCUAAAGAUUUAAUGAGUAAUUUCUUUCUGCUUGAUUGGAGGGAAUAAACCAACAGGAUUAUUUAUGAAGAAAUCUAUUUUGCUUAAAGAGCUUAUGAUAUUGAUCCAAGCUGGUUUUAUUUAGAAUUCAUUGUAGAUCCUGAAUAAGAAACAAUAAAAAAAAUUAAAUAGAAUAAUGAAAUUUUAAGCAAAGAAUCUAAAUAGAAAGAUUUUACAUUCUAACCAGAGCCUAUAAACAUUACAAAUAAAAACACUGAAACAUUUUACAUUUAUGGAGUUAUUAAAGAAAUUGUUGAUAACUUUUAAAUGAUUUAUAAAUUUUCAAUAGAUAAUGCAGAAAAUAUUUCAUUUGUAUAUUCAGUUUCCAGAGCUUUAAUACCACUAAUUUACAAGAUAGCUGAAAAUGAUAUGAACUUUUUUAACAAUGCAAAUUGGUAUGAAUGGAUUAUUACUUUAAAUAUUGCUUUUAUGACUUAUAAGUUAUAUUUCUACACAGUAUGGACAAUCAUCCAAGGAAUAAUUGAUAUGAAAAGAAAGAUAUAUAUGAUGGAGCAAAUGGCCUUUAUGAUUUCCCCUAGAAAGCUGAGAAAUAUAGAUGCUAAGAAACUUUUUCCUACAAUCAAUAUAUUUAAGAGCUCAAAUUUAAAGGCAUGGCAACUGAUGAGACAUGUUUGCCAAGAAUAUGGAAAAAGAUAUGACAUAAGAGUUUAAGCUAAUGUGAGCGGAAUGGUACUUGAUGCAAUUAUUGCCAUAGUAGUUCUAGUUUUAAAUUAUACAUCUAUUAUUCAUUUAGAACAGUGCUUUAAUAUAAUCUUGAUAGUUGAAACUGUAUGUGUUUUAAUUGUCCUAGUCAAUGUUCUUUACUAUGGAGCUAGCAUUAAUUAUUAAUUUGAACUUCACGAUUCAAUUCUUACUAAUAACAAGAGCAUAGUUAUGGAUAUUUAUAGAAUGAGAAGUAGAUAUUUCGAUGAUUCAUUCAAGACUACUAAUUAUCUUUACCAGUAAGCAGUUUAGAAAAUUAAAGAUGAAGUCUAUAUGCUAAAAAAAUAAUCUCCUUGUGCUUAUAUUUAAGAAAUAGUUCUUGCAUAUGAUACCCAUAUAGAAGAACUUAAAUUUGAUAAAACAUAAAAUCCAUUUAAGAUUGGAAGUUUUAAAAUUACCAAUGGUAUGUUAGAGAGUGGUAUCAUUGGUAUAGUAAGUAUAAUAAUUGCAAUCAUAGGAAAAUUUAUUUCUAAUAGAAUAGGAUGA